AUUUAGUUGCCAGACGAAAUCGUAAUAAAUCGUCAUACGAGCGGCAGAGAUGCAGCAACACCAGCUAGCAGCCAUGGAUGAUAAGGUCAACAUACGAUGGAAAUUUAUUACGCAUUGCACUUUCAUCACCAGUUGAGCGUGUUGAGCAUGGACUUUUGCUGCUAAGCCUUCUGCCAAGCUAUCUAUCACUGAAGACAAUAGGGAAAUAUCCUUCAUGUCUGACAUGAGUUCAUGCAUCGUUUGCAGUGCAAUGUGAGAUUGCUAGGUGAUGGUGUAUAGACGCAAUGAAGAUGCCAUCAAUUCCAUAGGGGACCAAAAGGUGGACUAAUCAAGAGUUUAGUCGAGGAUUUCAUUCAUUUAGUCGAGGAUGUUAUUGGGAGAAAGAGUUUUUUACGAGGAGAAAUACAAGAUGGACGAGAGUAAUGAUGGUAAAAGCUAUACUUCACCGGAUGCAUUGGCGGACGAUGUCAAAAAGCCGUCACCUGACCAACGAGCCAAGCUGAAAUACUCUACCGAAGCCUUCACGAUCGAAAACGGUACAUGCUGCAUGAAUAACGUAGCCCAGUUCAUGAUGACCGGCUGGUCGACGGUACUCAUUGCCAUGGAGACCAGUACAAACAGUAGGAUGUAUGUUUCAUCUCUCGUCUUCAAUCUCUUCACCUGGGUGUUGACCGUCAUAAUGAUCAUCAUGAUUAUCAUUAGGAGAAGGACCUGUGCGGGAAAGGUACUCCGGCAAGUGGAGGAGGAGUGGCCAGAAGAAAGGAUGAAUAAAACUAAGAGGCUGCAAAGGAUAUCUUUCCGUCUCAGUAUGAUGCUAGUUGCCCUUCAUAUCAUUUCCAUGGUUGUCACAUCAGUGCAUAUCAGUGGCGUAGUGGAGAACAAAUCAAGGAAUACGUGUGCACUUACAGGGACCGAAUCUCAUACACAUGAUACUGGAGAACAUCUUUCAAACAGCACAACAGACACGUAACAUGUUUGCAGGUUAAACGUGAACUAUGCAUCUCGGAUAUCAAAUGCAUUUAUGCCUUGUCAUACCAACGAAAGGGUGCAGGCAGAUCGAUCAAAAAUGCUACGUAAUUCGAAUGACACGCCAUCUGUCGAUUUGGAGUUAAUUUGUGUGGUGUGACUGAGCACGAUGUUCGUGAUGUUGGGACUACAGUUGAUACCUUGAUGGCGCAAAGAUAAUUUUAAUUUUAAGUAAUUACUCCUUACACACAUUUUGUAAAUAUUUGUAAUUUAAUUGUGGAACAUAAUGGGUUUUUUUUUCUAUUUGUAGUCAUCAUUUAGCUCAUUUGACUUUUUGAAAUUUGUGCUUAUAUGUCUUUGAUAUCUUUAAAGGUGUGACAACGUCUGAAGCCAUAUUCUUAUAUUGUCAUACCUCUGCAUGUCUGCCUCUUGCACUACAUCCAUUAAUGUAAAUGAUAAUGCAUCUCGUUAACUUUGUGAUGGUCACACUGUAUUUUUUCAUAACAUGCAGAAACAAAUAAAUAAAUGAAUAACUGUUAAUACUUCAGAUGCCUGGAUGUUAGACCUAAUUGUUGAAUUGUUACACACGAUAAUUUAACCUCGGUAGGGUUCAUGAUUUAACCAUGGAGCUAUUAACAUCCAUGAUUAAACAGUACUCGAGGUUAGUCAUUUACAGGCGAUCUUGUAAAUUAAAUAGGUCGACAUUAGGUGAGCCUUGGAGACAUGGGCAGAAAUCUGUCCCCUAUGGUAGGGGGAC